GUGAGCAUCAUAUCAGGAUCGGAAGUAGCCUACGCGCGCGCGCGCAAAUUUGUGGAAUUCCAGAAGUUUUUUGGCGUCUGCUCUUCUGUUUUUUUUUUUCCUUCCGAUUGCCAGAUAUUACCACGCUUUCGUGGACCCCACGAACAUGCCGCGCGAUCCUCUCAUCGGCCUUGUCGGCAAGCCGAGUGCCGGCAAGAGCUCGACGAUGAACAGUCUGACGGAUGCCUCUUCAAAAGUCGGCAACUUCCCAUUCACAACCAUAGACCCCCAGAGAGCGAUCGGAUAUCUCCAGAUCGACUGCGCCUGCUCAAGAUAUGAUCUCCAGUCGAAGUGCAAACCGAACUACGGUUCCUGCGUUGGGGGCCGCCGCUCCGUCCCGAUUGAGCUUCUCGACGUUGCCGGCCUCGUGCCCGGCGCACACCAGGGCAAGGGCCUCGGCAACAAGUUCCUCGACGACCUGAGACACGCCGACGCCCUUAUACAUGUAGUCGAUGUCAGCGGCACCACGGAUGCGGAAGGCAAAGAGACGCGAGGCUAUGAUCCAUCUGUGGACAUUGCCUGGCUGCGCAGCGAGAUCGUGGCUUGGAUCAAGGGCAACAUCUGGGAGCGGUGGGGCUCGAUCAAGAGGAGGCACGUGGCCACAAAGUCUACUGCUGUCGAGACGUUGCAAAAUCAGUUCUCGGGCUACGGAAGUACAGCGCCUGUGGUCGCGCGCACGCUCGACCGCCUCGCGCUCAAGGAACCGUUGGAGGAGUGGUCAGAGGCGACUGUGGAGCUUGUGGUCAACAUGUUCAUUGACGUCAAGUUCCCUACCGUCCUUGCGCUCAACAAGACGGACCAUGCAGACGCGGACAGGAAUAUCGCCAAGAUUGCCAAGAUGCAGGAUCCCAACAAGAUUGUUCUCUGCUCGGCGAUAUCGGAAAUCUUCCUGCGCAAGAUGGCCAAGCAGGGAUAUAUCAGAUAUGUCGAGGGAAGCGAGUUUGUCGACACAAGGGAGGACUUGAUCGCGGACGGCGACCCCACUGGCGGCGGUCUGAAGGAGCUCGACGAGAAGAACAGGAAUCGCAUCGAGAACCUGCGGGACAUGGUAUUGUUCCGGUUCCAGUCAACCGGCGUUGUCCAAGUCCUGGCGAAAGCGGCAGAGCUCCUGGGUCUUGUGCCUGUCUUCCCCGUGCGGAAUAUCUCCAACUUUAGUUCCGGAUCGGAUGCCAAGCACGCAUUCAGAGACUGCGUGCUUGUGAAACGGAAUACGACAGUCGGAGAAGUAGGACGAAAAGUGAUGGGUGAUGCGCCGAUCGCCUACGUGGAAGGUGUUGGCGGUGUGCGGGUGUCAGAAGAUGAUAUUGUGGGCGUGGGCAAGCAUGAUAUUCUGUGCUUCAAGAUAGGGAGAGCUUAGACUUGCAGAUUUCAGACCGAAGAAAAAGAAGGAGAAGACAUUCCGGAUACAAUCUCCAGGCUUGUCCAAAUAGGAAACUUGUGCCAGUUAUCAAGCUUGCCCGUCGCUAAUCGAAAGUGAUUGGUAUAGUCGUGUUGUAAUCCCAUCAAGCACAACUUUUCUGUCUGGAGAGGCAUUCGCUAUAGACCCACUCGGGCAUCAUUUGUGAUCCAGGAGGUAUCGAUUCGAUUCGUCUUGAUGACUGACCUGUCCCGAAAACACAGUGGAACCAUG